AUGGACCUCCUCAGUUUCACCACUCUCCAAAACACUUCUCUCUCUGGAGACAUAUUCAUUAAGGCUGUUUCUUCCUAUCAUCAUCAUCAUCAUCAUCAUUUAUGGCUUCCUUUUGGUCAUUCUUAGUAAUGCUCAUGGCCUUAAUGGCAUGCAAUUCUUCAUUGGCUUUGCCUUCUCGACAAAACAUGCAUGUUUCCACCAUUUCAGCAGCACCAACAACAUUACCAGGUGCCCCUAUGCAAUUCUCUCCUUCUAUGUCACCAGAUAUUGACCCUUUGUUUCCAACCCCUGGAACUGCUGCUUUUUCUCCCUCAGACUCCUCAAUCCCCACAAUUCCUUCAAGCCCCAGCCCUCCCAACCCUGAUGUCACCAAUAAUCCAGGCUCAGUUUUGGCUUUUCCACCCUCAGAGUCCAUGCCAGCUUUGGCCCCAUCUUCCCACGGUGUAUCUCUCCCUCUUUAUUCACUUUUUCAUCUUCCCAUUCUGGUAUUUUGCAUAAUGCUGCUUCAUGGCAUGUGAGGUGAAUAGUGGUUGCAGUUUCUACAUAUCUUCUCCAAACAUGUUUUGUCAGCGUUUACUGUUUAGUCUGUAUAUCAAGUGCUACAAGGCAUUACGAGUACCCUGAAGUGCUACAGUUUUACAAUGUUUCAAAACAUUAAGACUUGUAAACAUUUUCAAGUUUUUAUCUGAUAUUCUGGGUUAUUUGAGUGUAGAAAUCACAGUUGAGGGGAAAUGUUUUUCAUCGUUAUAUCAGUUCGGAAUUAACUCAUGAAAUGUAAUGUGAUAGGAAACUUUUGCUGUUUUAUCUUUUAUUCUUUAAUUUUGAGUAUUGGUUACAUUUAUUUUCA